AUGGAGGGCGCCCCGAGGGCAAACACGCGGCGCCGGCGGCUGGUCGAGAGGGGAUCAGAUCGCCUGGCCUUCAUCACCGGCCAGACGCGCGACCUCCCCCCCGACCCCGACCCCUACCCAGAUUCACCGGUUGCUGAGCCCCGUCUACAACCCAAGCAUAAAAGCCACAGUAGCGAAGGUGACCUACUCCACAAAUUCAACGCAAGCAGUGCAGCUUCUGAGAUCCAGCCAGUAUAUGAGCCACCAUUGCUGCGGAGCCGUGAUGAUGAAACCCUCAACAAGAGGACUUAUGAUUAUGGAGCAGCAAGUGUGCAGCCUAAGAGGGACAUGGAAAUGAGACCCAAAUCCGUGCCUCCGAGGGACAUGGACACGAGACCCAGAUCCGCGCCCCCAAGCCAGCCUAACCAAGCAGACUACUCAUCUUGGUCUCUGGAAACUCUGAAGCAACUCGUGGAUUUCACGCCGCAGGAGAUCACCCAAGCCAUCUCAGCCACAGAGCUCAACCGCUGCUUAGCAUCCAUUCUCAUCGCCUUCAUUGUGGUUGUUUCUAACUGGGGGCUGGACGUCGGUGGCACCAUCACCAGAGUAUUGGUUUGCACGAGGCCGCUCCUGUUCCUCAUCAUAACGAACGUAACCAUCGUCAUGUCAUUGCUGAUGGAGAACAGGGACCCCAAUGCGAGGGGCAGACAGGCCGGCAUCAGCCUUGGUUCUGAUGGCUUAGGGCUGAUGCUGGAGCUCGGGAUGCUGCUACAGAAGGCGUCUGAAGCUAUGCUGAUGGACUUCAGCAUUUGCGCUGUCAUCAUGAUCUGUUUUCUUUGA